AUGGUCGGCGAAGACCGCUCGACACUCGCCGCAGGAGAUCACCCGCACGAUCAAAGCCCAAUCUUCAAGAUCGGCGAUCUAGGCGAUGUCAAUGCUCUUAGGACUCCGGGGUACCGUAGGAGCUUGAAGGCUCAUGCCAUGUUCAGGGUAUCCGGUAAUCCGACUUGUAAUACUCCGGAGCAGUUUGCUCCCGGCUGGAAUAACGUCUAUGAUGACGCGUCUCUGGCCCAGGAAGAUACGGCUGGAAAGUUUGAUUGCUCACCCAACAACAGGCACAAGUCCCGCCUGAUUGCGUGUGGACAGACGUGA